GUGGGACCGGUAGCCGCUGGUGGUUGGCGGCCGCGGUGUGGGUGCCGAGCGGCAGGCGGGGAUGGGGGCGCUGCGGCUGCUGGCAGUGGCCCUCACCUGCUGCUGGUGGCCGCCAGGCAGCCAUGGUAAGACGCUGCGGGGCAGCUUCAGCAGUGCCGCGGCCCGAGACGCGCAGGGCCAGAGCAUCGGCCACUUCGGGUUCCACGGUGACCGUGCCCUUCUCUGUGUCAGAAUCAGCAAUGCAGCGGUAGCCGUUGGGAAAGAAGCUAAACUCUACCUGUUCCAAGCCCAGGAAUGGCUCCAGCUGCAGGAAAACAGUCAUGGUUACAGUUGUAGUGAAAAACUGUCCAAAGCUCCGUUGACAAUGACCAUGAAUCAGACUGAACAUAAUCUGACAGUGUCCCAGAUUCCGUAUCCACAAACAUGGUACGUGUUUUAUGCGGACAAGUACACGUGCAAAGAUGACAGUGAGAAUUCUCAGGUGGAAGACAUACCAUUUGAAAUGAUGUUACUAAACCCAGAUGCUGAAGGGAAUCCACUUGAUCAUUUUAGCGCUGGAGAAUCUGGGUUACAUGAGUUCUUUUUCCUCCUAGUCCUAGUGUACUUUGUGGUCGCUUGCAUUUAUGCUCAGUCAUUGUGGCAGGCUAUUAAUAAAGGAGGACCCAUGCACAUGAUUUUAAAGGUUCUGACAACGGCAUUGCUGUUACAAGCUGGGUCAGCUUCAGCUAAUUACAUUCAUUUCUCCAGUUAUUCCAAAGAUGGAAUAGGGCUACCUUUUAUGGGAAGUUUGGCAGAAUUUUUUGACAUCGCUUCCCAAAUUCAGAUGUUAUACCUACUCCUGAGUCUGUGCAUGGGCUGGACCAUCGUGAGAAUGAAGAAGUCCCAGAGCCGGCCUCUGCAGUGGGACUCCACGCCCGCCUCCACAGGCAUCGCUGUGUUCAUCGUCACGACACAGAGUAUUUUGCUCCUUUGGGAACAGUUCGAAGAUACCAGUCCUCACAGCCACUACUCACACCACAACCUCGCAGGGCUCCUCCUCCUCGUUCUGCGGGUGUGCCUGGCGCUGUCAUUAGGCUGCGGGCUCUACCAGAUCAUCACGGUGGAGAGAAGCACGCUCAAGAGGGAGUUCUACAUCACCUUUGCCAAAGGCUGUAUCUUGUGGUUUUUAUGUCAUCCAGUUCUCGCAUGUAUUUCUAUCAUGUGUAAUGACUACCAAAGAGAUAAAGUCGUCACAAUAGGCGUAAUCCUUUGCCAGUCUGUUUCCAUGGUUAUUCUCUACCGACUCUUUCUGUCCCACAGUCUAUACUGGGAAGUGUCCUCGCUGUCCUCGGUGACACUGCCGCUGACCAUACCCUCUGGGCACAAGAGUCGGCCUCACUUCUGACACUUGGUGUUCUUUAAAGGAAGAGCGAACAGAGUGCAAUAAGGAUCCAAGUACUGACUUGUUUUUUCAUACCUUCAGUAUGAAAAAUUGAACAUAGAAAAUAGAGCAUGUUAUUUAUACAACUGCAUUUAAGCAGUACCCAAACUGAAAAAGGUAAUAAACGAAAUGUUUUGAAAAAUACUUAAUAAACUUGGAAGAAA